AUGAAUCUUCUUCGCAGUGGGGGCAGUGUUUCCCGCAUUCUACGUCCCUGUCGUCCCCAGAGUCUUCUCCGCAUUCGAUGCCCCAUAACGCCCGGCGUGAGCCGAGGAUUCCAUGCUGGUUCGGCAUUGUUGGGGGUUCGAUCUCAGAUUCUGAAAGAUGUUGGCGAAGGUAUCACCGAAGUCCAGAUCAUUCAGUGGUAUGUGGAGGAGGGAGCGCAUAUUGAAGAAUGGAAACCCCUGUUCCAGUAUCAGUCGGACAAGGCUGUUGACGAUAUCACAUCACGGUACGAAGGCGUGAUCAAGAAGCUUCAUUUUGAAGCAGAUGACACAGUACCUACAGGAAGCGCCCUCGUUGAGAUUGAAGUCGAUGAUGCGAAAUACCCCGAAGAGAAUCCACAACCUGUGCCCGCCGCAAACCCGGAGCCACUCCAGAAUGCCACGGCCCCAGAAGUAGCGGCAGUAGCUCAAGCAAUUGAGUCGUCUCAGGUUGAGACACCCGCCGUGCAAGAGGCCGAGGUGCCCACCGAAGCACCCAAGUCAAAACAUGCUUCCCUUGCAACUCCCGCCGUUCGAGGGCUCCUCAAAACCCACAGCGUCGACAUUCUCCACAUUAAUGGAACGGGCAAAGAAGGCCGAGUCCUGAAAGAAGACGUCCUCAGAUUUGUCGGAAACCGAGACUCCCCAAUCAGUACACCCUCCAUAGCAUCUGCGCCCACCACCCCAGACGCACGCCAAACCGAAACACCGACGAACCUAACCCCAAUUCAAUCAUCCAUGUUCAAAACCAUGACCAAAUCCCUAACCAUCCCCCACUUCCUCUACGCCGAUGAGCUCAAGAUCAACGACAUCACCAGAAUCCGCAAGAGACUGCUCGCGGAUCGUGACCCAAAGAAGAUCACAUUCCUCCCCUUCGUCGUCAAAGCAGUCUCUCUCGCACUAGCCGACUUCCCACUUCUAAAUGCCCGUGUCGAUACCACCGACCCGUCCAAGCCCAAAUUAAUCAUGCGCUCCCAGCACAACAUCGGCAUUGCAAUGGACACCCCCAACGGCCUGCUCGUCCCAAAUAUCAAAGACGUAGCAUCCCGCUCAAUCCUUGACAUUGCUUCUGAAAUUUCCCGUCUGAGCGCCCUCGCCAAACAAGGAAAACUUUCAUCAGCCGAUAUGAGCGGUGGCACGAUUACAGUGUCGAAUAUCGGGAAUAUUGGUGGGACUUAUGUUGCACCCGUCCUUGUGCCUACAGAGGUGGCUAUCCUUGGCAUUGGGAGAACGAGAGAUGUACCGGUCUUCGAUGAAGCGGGUCAGGUUACGCGUGCGGAGAUGGUGAACUUUAGCUGGAGUGCGGAUCAUCGGGUUGUGGAUGGAGCUACGAUGGCGAGGAUGGGGAAUCGGGUUAGGGAAUUGAUUGAGAUGCCUGAGCUUAUGCUGCUUAAUCUACAAUAG